CGUGUGUGCAGCAAAUACGAAUAAAAUAAAACCAAAAAAACGCACGAAAAAAGAUAGUGAAGAAAAACCAAACACAGGAUUGAAAAUUCAUCCAACUAGAAUCAAAACAGAGAGGAUAAAUUUUUUGUUUAUUGUUAGAAAUUAAAAUGUCCUGUCAAAGCACGUAAAAAUGGCAGAGCUCACCAGGCUUUGUACGACGGCCGGACCCAUCAGCCGCCGAUACGCCGCCACUGAAAUUCAUGGGCUCCUUUAUCGUUUUCGCUGUUAAGCUCUGUCAAUUCAAUUUUGUUUUAAUCUUUUCUAUUGGAUUUCGUUUUCAAUUCUUCUGGGUAAAGGCUGUUUGUGAUCUGUGGUUGGUGGAAACUGGAAACGAAUCAUGGAGGAGACUGUGUUCUGCCAGUGGGUUGUGAUUCGAUCCAUACUGUCUAUUGUCCAGUGGUGGAGUUUCAACGUCACUGUUAUCAUCAUGAACAAAUGGAUCUUUCAGAAACUGGAUUUCAAGUUUCCAUUGUCAGUCUCAUGUAUCCAUUUUAUUUCUUCUUCAAUCGGUGCAUACUUGGUUAUUAAAGUGCUGAAACUCAAGCCUCUUAUUCAUGUUGAUCCCGAAGAUCGAUGGAGGAGAAUUUUCCCCAUGUCAUUUAUAUUUUGUAUAAACAUUGUGUUGGGAAAUGUGAGCCUUCGGUAUAUUCCUGUUUCUUUCAUGCAAACCAUCAAGUCUUUCACCCCUGCAACAACAGUCAUCUUGCAAUGGCUAAUCUGGAAAAAAUAUUUCGACUGGCGUAUUUGGGCUUCUUUAAUUCCCAUUGUUGGAGGGAUUUUAGUUACCUCUAUCACAGAGCUUAGUUUUAACAUGCUUGGAUUUUGUGCUGCUUUAUUUGGCUGCCUUGCUACUUCCACAAAAACCAUUCUAGCAGAGUCUCUGUUACAUGGAUACAAAUUUGACAGUAUAAACACGGUGUACUACAUGGCACCACUUGCGACUAUGAUCUUGGCUGUACCAGCUAUGCUACUCGAGGGUACAGGGGUUAUGGCGUGGAUCCAAACGUGCCCUUCACUUAUUUCAUCCCUCAUCAUCAUAUUCGGGUCUGGGGUUUUGGCCUUUUGCCUCAAUUUCUCUAUUUUCUACGUCAUUCACUCCACGACAGCUGUGACCUUCAACGUUGCGGGAAAUCUUAAGGUUGCGGUUGCCGUCACAUGCUCAUGGCUUAUUUUCCGAAACCCAAUCUCCAUAAUGAAUGCCAUUGGUUGUGGCAUAACACUCGUUGGGUGUACCUUUUAUGGAUACGUGAGGCACUUUUUGUCGAGCCAAGCUAUGGGAACCCCUCGCACUCCCCGAACUCCUCAUACUCCCCGAACUCCUCGUACUCCGCGGACCCCACGAUCCAAAAUGGAACUGAUUCCAUUAAUUAACGACAAAUUAGAAGAUAAAGUAUGACUCCUUCCGUAAAUCUACGCUGAUCUAAGCAACGUAAAUUGCUCGAUUGAUUUAGAAAGAAAGAAAGAAAGAAAAGGGGAAGAUAAAGGGUAGGUACAUUGUUGGUUUCUAGCAAGAGAUUCAUCCUUACUGAUGAAAUAUGUUACAGUCUACUUUUAGCCCCUAAUAUUAUCAUUGUUAUAGAUAUUAUUUAUUAGCAGCAAUGUCCAAGGUUGGUUGGCUAGGAUUAUUUGCAGAAUCACUCGAGUUUUAGUUUAACACUUUAACUACAAAAAGUUAUUGUUAGCUUUCAUAAUCCCAGUGGUAUCUCCAUUGAAGAAAUUACAGUUUCAGACUCACGAGUUUGAGGAGGUACUUAAGUUGCUGUGUUUUUUUUUUUCUUCAAUUAAAUUGCAUUUCAGACAUUUUGGUUUAAGUAAUCGUAAAUUGACCAGAGCUGUG